AUGGUUCCCAUUACUGUGCUCAUUGGGCUUUUUGUGUCGCCAAUAUUUGCCGCAGCACUGCCAGUACUUGAGAGAGCAACACCCCUCUCAUUCGAUGCCGGAUCCAUUCAAGAGCCGGUGGCUACAGCAUAUGAUUGGAUAUCUGGAUACGUCUCAGAAUUUCCCAUCCAUAGCUCUUGCAAUACCUCUGAGCGUGCUGAGAUCUAUCAAGGCCUCCAAGAAGCUGUACUAAUAGCCCAGCAUGCGAAAGAGCACAUCCUGGUCCACGGAAACAACUCCGAACUCUUUAAGAAAUAUUUCGGUGCCGGUCCAACCGGCCCAGUCCUUGGUUGGUAUGAUAAAAUCGCAACCGCAAACCGUGCUGGUGUACUGUUCCGCUGCGAUGACCCAGAUCAGAACUGUGCCACCCAAGACAAUUGGGCAGGCCACUGGCGAGGUUCAAACGCAACCUCAGAGACCGUAAUUUGCGAACUCUCCUACACCACCCGUUGGCCACUCGCAGCCAUGUGCGCUCGCGGCUUUGACGUGGCCACGGGUCGAACAUCCAACUACUGGGCUGGAGAUUUGAUGCACAGACUAUACCAUACAGACAUCGUUGGCGAGGGUCUCGUUGAACACCAUGCUGACGGAUAUCAUGGCUGUGUUGAGCUGGCUGCUGGAGAGAAUUAUACCCUAGCUGCUAGCAACAGUGCAACUCUUUCGUACUUCGCCAUCGAGGCUUAUGCAUACGACAUUGCUGUCCCGGGCGAGGGAUGUUUGGGUAAGCCAGUUGAAAAGGAAGAUGAUGGACACGGGCAUGGCGCUGCAAGUUCGAGCUCAAGCUCAAGCAUGACUGAGAGCACGACGUCUAGCACAACAGCAACGGCCGCUCCUGCCUCGACCACAUCCAUCAACCCAACGAGAGUUGUUCAAGUCCCGGCUACGACAUCGUCAGCUACUUUGGCUCAAGAGACGGCUGGAAAAGAGUGUCACACUCACGCUGAUGGAACAUUACACUGUGUUUAA